AUGGCAGAACCAACUGAGAGAGAAAAGAUGCUCCGUGGUGAGCUUUAUCGCGCCUUCACUCCGGACCUUAUAGCCGCACGUACAAAGUGCAAAUGGGCGUGUAAGAGAUUCAAUGACUCCGAAGAAGUGAGUCGGAGGCGCCAAGUUGAGCUUUGGAGAGACAUCAUCGACGACCACACCCCGCUCCCACCCCCAGCCGACCACCCGGCAGCUGACGAGGCCCUCUUCGAAGAUGAACCUUGGAUCGAAGCCCCAAUCCGCAUAGACUAUGGGUUUAACGUAAAAGUUGGCGUGGGCGUUUUUAUAAAUUUCAACUGUGUCAUUCUGGAUACCUGCCUCGUCACCAUUGGAGCUAGAACGCUGCUUGGACCCAACGUCAGUAUUUACAGUGGAACGCAUCCGUUAGAUCCCGCGUUGAGAAAUGGGACCAAGGGGCCUGAACUGGGAAAGGAGGUGCAUAUAGGUGAAGAUUGUUGGAUUGGUGGGAAUGUUGAUAUCUUGCCGGGAGUUACGAUUGGGAAGGGGGCGACGAUUGGAGCGGGGAGUGUUGUUACGAAGGAUGUACCGGCUUUCCAUGUUGCUGCGGGGAACCCAGCAAGAAUUCUCCGCCGGAUCGAGACAUCAAUGGCAAUAAUGUCUUCGGAUCCCGCCGCGAAUAGCUGAUAUUGUUUAGAAUCUGAGGAGUAGCUCCCUCGGUGACAUCAUGGUUAUGACGCUUUUGUAUAGGCCAGCUAGAUUCAUA